AGCAGGCGCUUCGCUAUUACCGGUGUUGGAAGUAGUGCGGUCGGCAGCUACAAGAUGGUACAGUGGGGUGCUGUAUUCUCAGUAAUUGCAGCUCUAGGAGGAGCAGCACUAUUUGCCGCUGUCCACAAGAUCGAUGAAGGACACACUGGUGUUUAUUACAGGGGGGGAGCUCUCCUGACCGCCACUAGUGGCCCAGGCUUUCAUCUUAUGCUUCCCUUCAUCACCAUCUGCAAGGCUGUUCAGACAACUCUGCAGACAGAUGAGGUGAAGAACGUUCCAUGUGGAACAGGUGGAGGCGUGAUGAUUUACUUUGACCGCAUAGAAGUGGUGAAUUAUCUCAUUCCUUCAGCAGUUUAUGACAUAGUGAAGAACUUCACAGCAGACUAUGACAAGGCCUUGAUAUUCAACAAGGUCCACCAUGAGCUCAACCAGUUCUGUAGCGUACACUCCCUGCAGGAGGUCUAUAUUGGCUUAUUUGACCAAAUCGAUGAGAAUCUGAAGCUGACGCUACAGGAAGAUCUAACAAACAUGGCACCCGGUCUUAUCAUACAGGCUGUCCGUGUUACAAAGCCCAACAUUCCAGAGAGCAUUCGCAGGAACUAUGAGCUCAUGGAGAGCGAAAAGACCAAACUCCUGAUCUCUCAGCAGACCCAGAAGGUUGUGGAGAAGGAGGCAGAGACGGAGCGGAUCAAAGCUGUGAUCGAGGCUGAGAAGGUGGCCCAAGUGGCUGAGAUAAAGUUUGGACAGCAAGUCAUGCAAAAGGAAACGGAGAAAAGGAUCUCUCAAAUUGAAGACUCUGCCUUCUUGGCCAGGCAGAGGGCCAAGGCAGAUGCAGAGUUUUACACAGCGCAAAGAACAGCAGAGGCCAAUAAGUUGAAACUGACACCAGAGUACCUGCAACUGAUGAAGUUUAAGGCCAUUGCAGCCAACAGCAAAAUCUACUUUGGAAGUGAAAUCCCACAGAUGUUUGUGGACUCAGGGCAUGCAGGCUCCUCCAUUGCAGCCUCAGCAGCCAUUGACAUUGUGGGUGAUCAGAUCCUGGACUCUGAUUAGAGAGGGAAAGAAUGACCACCAGCAGGACCAGCCAGGUGCAGGUAGAAAACUGAAGCAUUGAAACUUGGCCCUCGCCAAGAACACCAAUCACAGGUUGGCUUGCAGACUCUGCCACUGGCACAAGAAAUGUCCUUUACCUUUGCUGACCUGAAUAUGCACUGAAGGCAAAACCCAGGGAUGAUGAAUGUAACAUGGGGUAGCUUUUAGCUGUUCAUUGUAAUCUUGCCAUUCCAUUUCAUUUAGUAUGUUUUAUAAAUUUCCCCUCCUGCACAAGGGACAUUUUAAUUUCUGCAGAAAAGAGUCAUUAAACUUAUGUAACUGUG